AUGUGUCCACUCCACUUCAUAUCUGAUGUUAUAGAAACACCUAGAUAUGUGGCUACUGUCACAUGUUGUAGUUCAUGGCCAUGGAGUACAUACUGGUUUAUGGUCAACAGAAGAACAGUUUUGACAGAAGGGAUGGACAUUAGAGCUGAUAGAUCUACAUAUAAAGUUCAGGAACAAAUCCUUAAAACUUGUAAAAUGCUGCUGAAUGAGGCAGAGAAAAUCUAUGACUUGGAAGUCAAACAUGAAAAUGACCCAGAUCUCUUAGAUUUGAAUUUGAAUUCAUUGGUAACUGUAAUAGAUACCCUGAAAACAGAAGUUACAGAACAAGACACCAUGGAAACAGAAGGAGAUACUGCAAAAACAGAGCCAUUUACUUUAAAAAGAGAACCAGUUGCCAUGGCAACAGAACUAGUGUCUAUAGUAAAAGGACAAUUCACUAUAGAAACAGAAUCAGGUACCAUGGUAACAGGGCCAGUUAUUCAGACACCAAUGCUAGAUACCAAUAUAAAGUCUAGUUUUAGUGAAAAAAUGUUAAAUGCUUUAAACAAAGAUAGUUUAAAAAAUUCUAGGACUACAACGAAUGCAUAUUCUAGAUCAAAUCAUGCAACCAUAUGCUUGACAAAUACAUCAAAUCAAACUACAAAUGUAAACACUUUAACGAUCUUGACAAAUACGUCGUACCAACCAAGAAAUCAGAACACUUUACAAAGUUUUACAGAGACAUCAGCAAAAGAGGUCAUCAAUAAACCAUUUACACAGAGUCAACAAAAUUCAAAAACUGCCGAAAUGUCACCUGAUGCUUUAAUUGAUCCAGAUGAAAUAAAAAAGGAAAUUGUAGACUACAUAGAACGAUCUGGUACUUCAGAACUGAUUCUUAGUAGGGAUAAAGUCAGAAAUGGACAAGAUAUAGAUGGAGACACUGAUAAUGGCAGAGAUGCUCAGAAUGGCCAAGAACUGGAGGAAGAAAAAGAAAUUAAAUCAGAACCAACUGAUGCUGAGUCUAACCUUUACACAUACGAAAAAAUAUCACAUUUAAAUAAAUAUGUCGGGAAAAAGCCAAGGAAGGUGUACAGACUGUAUAAGUGUACUGUGUGCAAGAAGACGUUCGACUAUCUAUUAUGUGUACAGAACCACGUCAGAAUUCACACUGGCGAUAGACCAUAUAAGUGUGGAGAAUGCCCCAAGGACUUUGUUACAAAGUGUAGUCUGGCAGAACACGAGAAAGUUCAUACAGGUGACCGUCCGCAUGUCUGUCACAUCUGUGGCGUAACAUUUAUGCAGAAAUAUAAGCUGGAUAUCCAUCUACAGAAACACAAUGGUGAGACAAACUACAGCUGUGAUAUUUGUGGUAAAGGAUUCAUCAGAAAAGAUCAUUUAAAAAAUCACAUUCAGUCCCACAAUAAGGACAGGCCUUUCUCUUGUAAGAUUUGUGGUCAAAGUUAUAAAACAGAGAAAUCGGUAAAAGUGCAUGAAAGAUCGCAUGCCCCGGGGACAUUCCAAUGUCAUUUCUGUCAUAAGGUGUAUACACAGAACAGAUACCUCAAGGUUCAUAUCAAUGCAAAACACAAUCUCUCUCUGCUCGACAAAAGUAAUGGAUCGACAACAAGAAAGAAACAGAAAUCGGAACUGGUUGAGUGUGAUAUAUGUAAAAAAUAUUAUCGAAAAGAUUAUAUAAAAACACAUGCUAAAAGCCAUGAUGAAAGUGCCAAGGAUUUUGAGUGUCAGGUCUGUGGGAAAAAAUUUGUAACGGAAAGUUAUUUAAAUUAUCAUGAAAAUAUACAUACGGGUGAAGGAAGAGAAGAAUGCGAUGUUUGUCAUAAAAUGUUUGUUAAUCAACGUUCCCUUCAAAAUCACAAGGUCAUACACACUGGGGCUCGCCCAUAUAAGUGUGAGAUUUGUAAUAAAACGUUUGCUCAUUCUUGUGUACUCCAUGUACACAGGAAAACACACACCAAAGAUAAAACAUACACAUGCCAGGAAUGUGGUUUACAGUUUAGUUUAGAGUAUUAUCUAAAGAGACAUGUUAAAUUCCAACACGGAACUGGGAGGAUUUAUGAAUGUGAAAUUUGUGGGAAGGAGUUUAGGCGGAGUGACCAGAUCAAAAGACACAAAAAACACAUGAAAGGAAAGAAGAGAAAAAUAAAUUGA